UGGGAACAAACUCGAUUGAAGUCAUCUCUUAGUAUUUUGUGUUAUAUUAUACACAAUUUAAUUACGUUGAACAUUACAUUGGAUAAGUGCAGAGAUAACACAGAGAUACUUAAGAUACCGGCGUUGUGUAGAAAGCCGGCAGACCGCACUCUCCCUUUUCCUGUGUAGAUCAUGGAUAAGGAACAUGUAAAACAAUUAAUCGAAAACGCCCGUGCUAUCAACACUACGUGUGUACGAAAGCUCACGGAGUUGGCGAUGGAUGUGUCCAGUUGUAGCUGGAUGUGUGGGGGCGGGACAUCGUCGUGUGUCGGUAACUGCAAUUACUCCAAUUCCGAUAAGCCGUUACCGAGUUUGACGUCAUAUUGCUCAAACAUGAGCAUAUAUACCGCUAUUCAGCGCGUGAAAUUGAAAGUGUUUGACGUUGGCAAAGCGACGGCAUUGGAUGUGGGCGUGGUUUUGUAUGGUUACGUCACUCCUGCUCUGUGUAUGUUAGUGUUACUCCUCAACACUCUGUUGGUUGUCAUCUUGUCGAGUAGAAGAACAAGAUCCCCUACAAACAUGAUAUUGUGCUCUAUUGCUGUACUGGAUACAAUGACCAUCCUCCUGCCGUUGCCAUGGUACCUGUUUUUCUACACCUCAGGUGGUUACAAUGAGUAUGUUCCGUUUUCUUGGUGUGUGGUUUACAAAUACACGGCUCUGGUUCUUCCUACCGUGUGCCACAACAGUUCAUUGUGGCUCACUGUGGCAUUAGCAGCCCAUCGUUACAUAGGGUUGUGCCACCCUCGCGUGAGCCAGUUCACAUCCUCUUACAAAGCCGUGACAAUUUGCCUUCUCGUUAUUUUGGUUAUCACAACAGUAAUGCAGUCGACCAUUUUGCUGCUUGAGGACCUAGAGCCGGUACGUGUGGUGGGGAAGGAACUCUUCGCUACUUCCGGUGUGAAAUAUGUCGAUACCUGUUCCAUAGUUUUCAAAACUGAAAAAGAUAAUUAUCUAACCGGCUUGAAAGCCUAUUUAUGGACGAGGCUGAUUGUCGCUGAGCUUCUACCCACAUCCCUAUUGUUGCUGUUCAAUAUGUUACUGUUGAGGAAGACGUGUGAAAGCUACAGAUACCGACGCAAGCUCAUAAGCGGAAACGCAGCUAUGAGUCAAUCCGACUUCCGGGAGUGCAUGCGCACUACAGUCAUGUUGCUGACGUUGUGUAGCUUCUGUGUUUUGGUACAAAUACCUGUAGCCACAAUUCUGUUUUUGAUGUUUAUACAAACAAACACGGGUUACCGCAUCUUUACUUUGCGUGAAACGAAAGUGACAGUUACUCUAGUAAAUUUUGUUUUGUUUCUGAGUUUUCCCGCCAAUUUUGCAAUUUGUCUCGGACUGAGCGAGAAGUUUCGAAGAACACUGAAGGACAAAUUGAAGUCACGAAAGCGAUCUCAUUCUAUUUCGGGCUUGUCCACGAGUAUGAAACUGAGCAAUUCACAUGAUUUACAAAGUGGUACUCCGAUGUUACCAUCUCUGAACGUAAUUUCAGAAAUUCCUAUUUAGCCGCCUAGCUGUCCGUCAAAAUGAUCAAUAUUUAGUUCACAUAAAUGGGCCGUAACAAAACAUAUUGUCGUGUCUAUUAUUAACUAUUGUAACUUUAUGGAAAAGUCUAUAUCAUUUAAAAGUGCCAUAACGCUAACUUUCUCUCCCUUUUCUUAUAGGCAGGAUAAAACUGAUAUUUCUUACGUAAUUAAUUCGUAAAUAAUUCGAAGAUUUACAUAAACUCAGGCAUAGCCUAAUUGGACACUUUAAAAUGAAAUGACGAUAUUUCUUGUUAAAUUGUGGCACGCUUCUUCCACUAUUACGAUAAUGUUUUGUUAAUUCUAAUUCAUAAGUGAAUUAUCAAGUCGUUUAACAAAUCUAGUGACGCAACUUAGAUCAUUAUCAAUUUCUGUAUAGCACGUUAAUUGUGAAUACAUGACCUCUGACCCAGUCGAACACAUAAUUGACAAUCGUGACUUCUCGUGAAUUCGAGUAUGCAUGAUAAUAACGUAGCCCUGCUCCUGAUGAGGAAAGUCUCAGUCGGGAAAA